ACGGAGCUCUCCGGAAGCGUUUCCAACUUUCCAGAAGUUUCUUAGGACAGGCAAGAGGGGGUGGGGACAACCAUAUAUAGAUCCCGGCCCCGGGGCAGUGAGUUGAGUAGAGCCUGUCUGAGAGCCGGUGUCCCGUCGGUCCCGGAGCAGCCCGGCCCAGGUCCUCUGUGGUGCACACGGCUCACCUCCCAACCAUGCGCUCUCUCCUUCUGGCCACCCUCUGCCUCUUGGCUGUGGCGCUGGCAGCCGAGGUGAAGAAGCCUGUCGAGGCGGCAGCCCCUGGUACUGCCGAAAAGCUGAGUUCCAAGGCGACCACCCUGGCAGAGCGCAGCACAGGUCUGGCCUUCAGCCUGUAUCAGGCCAUGGCCAAAGACCAGGCGGUGGAGAACAUCCUCCUGUCCCCCUUGGUGGUGGCCUCAUCCCUGGGUCUGGUGUCCCUGGGCGGUAAAGCCACCACGGCGUCACAGGCCAAGGCGGUGCUGAGCGCGGAGAAGCUGCGGGAUGAGGAGGUGCACUCGGGGCUGGGUGAGCUGCUACGCUCCCUCAGUAACUCCACCGCGCGCAACGUGACCUGGAAGCUGGGCAGCCGCCUGUACGGGCCCAGCUCCGUGAACUUCGUGGACGACUUUGUGCACAGCAGCAAGCAGCACUACAACUGCCAGCACUCCAAGAUCAACUUCCGGGACAAGCGCAGCGCCCUGCAGUCCAUCAACGAGUGGGCUUCGCAGACCACCGACGGCAAGCUGCCCGAGGUCACCAAGGACGUAGAGCGCACGGACGGGGCGCUGCUCGUUAAUGCCAUGUUCUUUAAGCCACACUGGGAUGAGAAAUUUCAUCACAAGAUGGUGGACAACCGUGGCUUCAUGGUGACUCGCUCCUAUACCGUGGGUGUUACCAUGAUGCACCGGACAGGUCUCUACAACUACUACGAUGACGAGAAGGAGAAGCUACAGAUCUUGGAGAUGCCCCUGGCCCACAAGCUCUCCAGCCUUAUCAUCCUCAUGCCCCACCACGUGGAGCCCCUCGAGCGCUUGGAGAAGCUGCUGACCAAAGAGCAGCUGAAGGCCUGGAUGGGGAAGAUGCAGAAGAAGGCUGUCGCCAUCUCGCUGCCCAAGGGAGUGGUGGAAGUGACCCAUGACCUGCAGAAACAUCUGGCUGGACUGGGCCUGACGGAGGCCAUCGACAAGAACAAGGCAGACUUGUCUCGCAUGUCCGGCAAGAAGGACCUGUACCUGGCCAGCGUGUUCCAUGCCACUGCCUUCGAGUGGGACACAGAGGGCAACCCCUUUGACCAAGACAUUUACGGGCGCGAGGAGCUGCGCAGCCCUAAGCUGUUCUAUGCCGACCACCCCUUCAUCUUCCUGGUGCGAGAUAAUCAGAGCGGCUCCUUGCUGUUCAUCGGGCGCCUGGUCCGGCCCAAGGGAGACAAGAUGAGAGAUGAGUUGUAGAGUCCCGGAGUGGUCAUGGCGUGGCAGGAAGUUGCCAACAGUUCCUGAGACACAUGGGUGCUAUUGUGGGGGGAGGGGGGGCGCCAACCUUGAAUAGUCCAUGGGCCGGGGGUGGGGUUGGCAAUGCAGAUCAGAAUUCCCGUCUGUCUGAAUAGACAUUUCAGGCUAGAAUCCACUCCACUGGAAUAUGGGGCCCAGAUACUCUGAUGCCAAAUUCAAGGGUGUCUCAGCCAUCCUUCCCUGCUCUCCAAGUUCUAGGUCCAAUCUGCCUCAGUCAAUCAGUGUUCGUAUUUAUGGCGGAGUCCCUUUCUUAUCUGUGAGACAAUCGAGUUGGGGGCAGGGCAGCCCUCUUUCUCACCAUCCCCUCAGCCCUCCCCAGUUCUCUCGCUCAUCUCCCACUCCCCUUAACCACAGAACUAGGUGCUGCAACCCCAGGACUGGCCACCCGUAAAAUGAUCCUUGCCCAGUGAUGGGAGUUGGGAGACAAAGCCUAGGAGGGACUCCCUGACAAACCCGGCUCUAGGGCCGCUACACCGGGCAUUGUUUUUCUCCCUUUUUGGUUUUUCAAAGAUGGGGAGGGUAGGGGAGCACAUGAGCCUGUGUUGCUUUCAAAAUGAAAACCUAAUUUGUACAAUUUUUUUUUUUGAAUAAAACUUUUCCAAUAAAAUGUUA